UCGUUUUGGUGUGUCCAUGGAAACAGAACUCUAGACGAUCACCUGCGUCCACUGAUCUGCUGCUUUAAAGAUGAGUCAACUUCGCAAAUACAGCGACAAAGUACUCAUUGGUAACUGGGCGGAGGAGAGAUUACAUUUCACUAGAGACUGCAAGACAGCAAACAGCAGCUACAGGGUGGACUACACGCCCCACAGGUCACAUAGGCCCAAUGUUGUCAUGUGCAAAAGGGCUCUUCGCAGCUCAGAGUGUCUUCCCUUAAGGCAGUUAUUUUCUCAUCAUGACGUCCCCUCCUCCCACUGUCUGGUGACACUCUAUGAUGAGUCGUACGGGCGGCAGGCCUCCUCCUCUCUGCCCGCACUGCACUCCUGGAACUCUUUCAAACUGGCUGGGGUCCCAGAGAGGUCAGAUCACCCAAUCCAAGGCCCUCCUACUAAUUUCGGCUUGGCAGAGUCCUGGCGGGCUCGUAUUGAACAACAGCGGGCAGUUGUGCCCACACUAAGCGAGUAUAGGGCUUCAUACCCUCUGCACCCCAUCAGUGCCUUCUGUUAUUCUCGCCACGUUAGCAUUCCCAAGUGCUUCUCCAGCAGUCAGCACCCUGCCAAGCACAGCAACGAGGACCUGGCACUGAAACACAGACCCUGCAGGCAGGUCUCCACUAAUCCAGCUAGCUUGCUGUGACCCUUGCCCCUUGUUUCAACACCUUCAGCCCUCCAGUACCACACAUACUGGCCUCAGCCUGGGGAGAGGGCUUGGAAUGCCUUGUUUUACUGAUCAAUGGCACAUAAAACAAAAGGAACAGGAGCAGUCCACUGUGUUUACAGAAAGUCAAAUAAAAGAUAUACACUGCAAUGUUGUCCAAAAGUCUAAUAU